UUCACUACUAUACAAGUCACAGGCAUGUUGUCAGCACUCAAAAUCACCAAAAACGUAAAGUUUAUAAAAUAAUUAAUCUAAUGAAUGUCUUUAAAUACUAUAUUAAGCUCAAAAUCACGACAAAAAACAAAUUAAAAUUAACAUUAUUCUGAUCAGUUGGACUUGCACAGUUCACUAUUAUACAAGUGACAGGCAUGUUGUCAGCACUCAAAACCACCAAGAACGUAAAGUUUAUAAAAUAAUUAAUCUAAUGAAUGUCUUUAAAUACUAUAUUAGCUCAAAAUCAGGACAAAAAACAAAUUAAAAUUAACAUUAUCCCGAUCAGUUGGACUUCCACAGUUCACUAAUAUACAAGUCACAGGCAUGUUGUCAGCACUCAAAAUCACCAAAAACGUAAAGUUUAUAAAAUAAUUAAUCUAAUGAAUGUCUUUAAAUACUAUACUACCUCAAAAUCACGACAAAAAACAAAUAAGAAAAAUCAAUAAUUACAUUGAGUUUAGGUUAAGAACAGUUUUGUGUGCCAACCAAAGAUCACGUGAUUUAACUUUGACAGGUCGAUGGAUUCCCUAAGUGGAAAUAUAGGUUAAAUGGUGAAAGCUGAAAGUUUGUUUUUCAAUUUUUCUCAGUGGCCUCCGUUAGUUAAUUAAUACUACAGUUAUUUAAUAUGGAAUGCAAUAAAAAUAUUAAGGAUUCUAGAAAUCAAGAAAUGUUUCCGUAUAUCAAAGACGAAGGAGAUUCUCUGCAGAAAUAUAACAAUAUAAAAGUUAAAUCUGAACUAGAUGGAAGCAGUUAUGGACAGGAAUCUGUAUUAGAUGGGUAUUGUUCAGAUUCAGAGGAUAUUAAAAUCGAAAACCAUGUAUUAGAAGAUGUCUCUAAUGAUAUUAAAGUUGAAAUAAAAAAAGAACUGGAGGAGUGUUAUAGCAUUGAGUUUCAAAAUUGGUUACAACUAGAGCAACAGAAGAAUAAGAUCCAAUACAGUCGUUCAACUCGGAAACUUGUUAGCAAGCAGUUCUGUACAUACUACUAUGAAUGUAAUCGUUCAGGGAUUGUACCAAAAGAGCGUUUAGAUAGAAAACGAUUAACAAAAUUUCAAGGUUCACAGAAAAUUGGAUGCAUGUGCAGUAGUCAUAUAGUAUUAAAAGUAAAUAAUACCACAAAUGAGGCUUCUAUGACAUAUUUCAAAACUCAUUAUGGACAUGAUUUAGAGCUGAAACAUAUUCGCAUACCUGAAAAUACGCGAAACAUAAUAGCAAGUAAACUUGCACUUGGAAUUACUGCUAAUAAUAUAAUAAAUCCUAUUCGAAACAGUUUUGGUUCACAUGACUUAGAAAGAACAGACUUAAUAACAAAAAAAGACAUAUAUAAUAUUAAAAAAUCAUUUAAUCUUGAUGUAACUGAUGGUGUACGCCAUUCUGAUGAUGCAGUAAGUGUUUCAUUGUGGGUUAAAGAAAUGUCAGGCACAUAUAACAGUCCUGUUUUAUAUUACAAACCUCAAGGCUCUGAGGACAGUCAGCAUAAUUUAGAUUGCUCAGAUUUCUGCAUUAUUAUUAUGAAUGAUAUACAACGUUAUGCUGUCAUGAAGUUUGCACAAAAAUUUGUAUGUAUUGAUGGUACCCAUGGAACGAAUCCAUAUAAUUUUGAGUUAACCACUUUGAUGGUUAGCGAUGACUUUGGUGAAGGAAUUGCUGUGGCAUACAUGAUUUCAAAUAGAAUGGACACUACAAUUUAUAAAAUAUUUUUUAACUGUAUUAAAACAGCACUAGGUAAAAAUAUCACUACAGAUACGUUUAUGAGUGAUAUAACCGAAACAUUUUAUAAUGGAUGGACAGCAGUGAUGGGGCCUGUGCCUAAUCGAUUAUUUUGUUCCUGGCACAUUGAUCGUGCAUGGAGAACUAAUUUAGGAAAAAUUUCUUCACUUGAAAAAAGAAAGGAAGUAUAUAAGUGCUUGAAAUUUAUACAAAGUGCUUUAGAGGUUGACAUUUUUAACAGACGUUUUGUUGAAUUUUUGACCCAACUGGAGAAUGAUUCUGAUACUGUUAAAUUUUAUGAGUACCUGACUAAAAAUUAUAGUUCAAAUACCAAGUCGUGGGCAUACUGUUAUAGAAAGGAGUUAUUAAUAAAUACAAAUAUGUACUUGGAGAGUAUGCACCGUAUUAUUAAGUAUGAAUACCUAGAAGGAAAAAAGGUGAAACGCCUAGAUAAAAGCAUACAUAAUUUGAUGCGCUACACCCGAGAUAAACAAGUGGAAAGACUAAUUAAGAUAACAAAAGGAAAAAGGACUGAUCGAUUGACUGCCAUUAACUCUAGCCAUAAAGUAGCCACAAAUUCUAAAUUUGAUAUUGAAAGUGUAGAAGGAAGUGACGAAUUUAAAAAAUGGACAAUUAAAAAUACAACAAACACAAAAACAUAUACUGUUACAGAGAAAACUAUUAAUGUAUGUUGUAUGUUAUCUUGUCAGCUAUGUAAAAUAUGCUACCAUUCCUACUCGUGUACUUGCCUCGAUUAUUUUAUAAAAUCAAAUAUUUGCCAGCAUAUUCACUACCUCUGCAUUACACAAGUAACUAAUGAAGUUCCAAGCACUUCUACCAACAGUGAUAUUAGGGAAGAACUGGAGUAUUCCUUCAGCAUCUACGUACACAUCAAAAACCGAGGGAUACUUCAAAAUUACAGGACAUACUAACAGCUUCAGCACUAGAAGUCAUUGCAUUAGGUAAAAAGUGUAACAGUGAAGAUAUUUUAAUGACAGCCAUUAAUCAAAUGAAAGCUACCACUGCUUUAUUGACUGCUACUGUGAAAGCAGACAAAUUUCAGAAUGAUCCGAAUAUGAGACUUGAGCCAAGUAACAAGAAAAUUCAGAAACAGGUAUCAUUAUUUUCCACCAAGAAAAAGAGAGUGUCUAUGUCUGGUAAAUUAUUAAGGAAGCCCAAUACUGCAGAGUCCUCCAAUUUAAAUGAAGUAUUAUCUAAAGAAUCCUUAUUUGUUUCAGAAUUGCCGGAAGAUGAUCAUAAUUAUUUAUAAACAUUUAUUUUAUAUCAUCCUUUAGACUUGGAUAACUUUAGAUUUGUGUUUUCAUUGAUUUUAAAUAUAUUGUUUUCAAACCAGCUGAGCACUUGGCAUACUUUGUAUUUGCAUUUUUUAAUUUAAGUAAUUAAGUAUAUGACAUUAGUUUUUAGAACAUUGAAUAGAGAACAGUUCGAAUAGGCAUCAAAAUGUUUUUUAGGGUUUGGUUUUGUUAAUGCCUGCAUAUGUUGUGUGUAUACCUACAAUUAAAGUAAUCAGCAAA